AUGGCAAAAUUAGCAAUUUUGUAUAUAAACUUGUUGCUUUUACAGAUCGGGCAAGGAACUUACAGCAAUGUGUACAAAGCUGUCGAUAGGGACACCAAAAAGAUUGUUGCUUUGAAGAAAGUGCGGUUUGACACUUCGGAGCCUGAAAGUGUGAAAUUCAUGGCAAGAGAGAUUAGGAUACUGAAGAUGCUAGAUCAUCCCAACGUGAUCAAGCUUAACGGACUAGCCACUUCAAGGAUGCAGUAUAGUCUCUAUCUGGUUUUCGAUUUCAUGCAGUCUGACUUGACCGGGAUUAUCUCACGUCCGGGUGAGAUGCUCAAUGAAGCACAGGUCAAGUGCUAUAUGCAGCAGCUACUUUCUGGUCUCCAGCACUGCCAUGAAAGAGGAGUUUUACACCGAGACAUUAAACCAGCCAACUUGUUAAUAAACAGUAGGGGAGUGUUGAAAAUUGCUGAUUUUGGUCUUGCAAACGUGUAUGAUCCUGAACAAAAACGUUCCCUUACAAGCCGAGUGGUGACACUCUGGUAUAGGGCCCCAGAACUACUGUUAGGCUCCACGGAUUAUGGAGCUGGUAUUGAUCUUUGGAGUGCAGGAUGCCUAUUGGCAGAGAUGUUUGUUAGAAGAGCAUUUAUGCCUGGGAGAACAGAGGAUAUGCGUGCAAUGAUUCUAUACUCGUUGUUUUUAAGUUCUGUCUCUGUUGUACACAGGUUGAGCAGCUUCAUAAGAUCUUCAAACUUUGUGGUUCACCCUCAGAGGAUUACUGGAACAAAAUGA